GCAGAUCCCAGAGCUGUUGAAUACUGUGGGAGACACCAGAGUCGGAGGAUCCAUGUGCUUCACAAUGAAGAUGUUCACCAAGGCUCAGAUAACGAAGGUUGUAGAGUUAGAUAACACUAACAAAAGACUUAAAGCUGAACUGCAGGAUGUUAAAAAGAAAAGUGAGAUGGGCGGUGUUGAUGAAAGAGUGUGUCAGGAUGGUGCUGAUUGGGAAGACAGGCAGUGGGAAGAGUGCAACUGGAAACACCAUUUUGUGCGAAAAACAUUUUACAUCUGCCAGCACAAAUUCAGUGACAAAAGUUUGCAAAAAAGCAACAGGAGAGAUUGAUGGACGACCUGUCACUGUGGUAGACACCCCCGGUUGGUUCGACACAACACUAUCCAAUGAUGAUGUUCAAGACGAGCUUGUGAAAUGCAUCAGCAUGUUGUCUCCUGGACCUCAUGUGUUCUUACAUACACAUGUGCUGCAGAUCGGCCGAAUUACUGAGGAAAAAGACUCAGUGGAACUGAUCAAGAAAUGUUUUGGCAAGAAAUCUGGAGAUUUCAUCAUCAUUAUUUUCACCAGAGGAGAUGAUCUGAAUGAUGAAACAAUAGAGAGUUACGUAGAAAACUGUGAUGAUUUUUUGAAAAAACUGAUAUAUGACUGUGGAGGGAGAUACCAGGUCUUCAAUAACAAAGGUCAGACAAACCGCAUGCAAGUCAGAGAGCUGAUGAAGAAGUCCAACAAAAUGCUGAAGGAAAAUGGCGGCAGCUGCUUCACCUUGGAGAUGUUCCAAGAGGCCGAGGCCGCCAUACAGAAGGAAGUGGAGAAGAUCCUGAAGGAGAAGGAAGAAGAAAUGCAGGGAGAGAGGGAGGGGCUCCAAAGAAAACAUGAGGAGGGAAUGAAAGAAGUGAAGAGAAUAAUGGAACAGGAGAGAGCAGAAAUGUAGCAAAAGAGAUCCAAACAGCUUCAAGAGAUGGAGGAAAUAAUCAA